GUCUGUGAGUCUGCAACCUAAGUCCUCACCCGCUCUGUCUACGGCUCAUAUCCACUGUAAACCACCAAAACCUCCAUUAGCAACCUGAACCUUAGCCUAAAACCCUAAGCUUCGGUACUGUCACCGCACUCAACAGCUCCACUAGACAAUUACCAUUACUAAACGUUCUCCUUUACGCACAAUGAAUGCUUGUAGCUGGCGUGUACAUGGAGCGGAUUAAGAAAGCCAUUAUUUUUAUAUUCCAUAAAUUGCUUCAUCGCUCGUCGAACCAUGUUCGUUCUUUUCCAUCGAUUAUCGCAUAUCAGACACAGAGGCAAAUGUCACCGUGUGGGAUGAUUUUGGAAGAUUGGGACUCUGUGACUCUGAUUUAACUUCCACUUGGGUCUCCAGAAUCUUGGUGGAGUUAAAACAGGAACCUAAAUUAGCUCUUAACUUGUUUAAUUGGGCAAAGGCACGGAGUUCAUUUCAUCAUACCACAGAGAGUUAUUGUCUGCUUGCUCACAUUCUGUUCUGUUCAAGAAUGUAUAGUGAUGCAAGCGAUGUUCUAAAAGAACUGAUUAGUUUGAACAAUGGAAAUAAGGCGGCUUUACUUGACAUCCUGUGGUCAACUAGACAUGUCUGUGUUCCUGGUUAUGGGAUUUUUGAUUCUUUUUUCAGUGUAUUAGUAGAACUGGGAUUUCUAGACGUUGCAUAUAGGUGUUUUUUGAGGAUGAGAAGUUUCAAAGUGUUUCCUAAAACACGAUCUUGCAAUCAUCUUUUGGAUAGACUUAUAAAGGCAGGAAACCAAGUUAUGUCCUGGAAUAUUUUUGAGGAUAUGAUUGCUUCCGGACCUUCCCCAAACGUGUACACAUAUAAUGUAAUGAUUGGUUAUUUGUGCAAAGAAGGGUACUUGGAUGCUGCAAGAAGAUUAUUUUUACAGAUGAAACGGAACAAUGUUAGUCCCGAUAUUGUUACAUAUAAUUCUCUAAUUGACGGGACUGGAAAGUUAGGGGAGCUUCACGAAAUGAUUUCUAUAUAUGAGGAAAUGAAGGAAGCUGGGUGUAGUCCUUGUGUAGUAACAUAUAAUACAAUGAUUAAUUGCUUGUGUAAAUAUGACAAAAUGGACAAGGCAUUCAAAUAUUUGAAUGAGAUGAAGAGCAGUGGUAUAAAACCCAACAUAGUGACUUAUAGCACAUUUGUUGAUGCUUUCUGCAAAGAAGGGAUGCUGCAAGAAGCCUUUAAAUUUUUUGUGGACAUGAGGCGAGUUGGUCUGCUUCCCAAUGAGUUCACUUAUACAUCCUUAAUUGAUGCAACCUUUAAAGCAAGGAAGAUGGACGAAGUUCUGAAGCUAGUCAAAGAGAUGUUGGAAGUGGGACUCAAGCUCAACAUUGUUACCUACACAGUAUUACUAGAUGGUCUUUGUGAAGAAGGGAGGCUUACAGAAGCUGAAGAUGUUUUUAGAAUAUUAUUAAAAGACGGGAUAAUCCCUAAUGAAAAGUCUUUCACUGCUCUAGUGCAUGGGUAUAUGAAAUCAAAAAGAUUGGAAGAUGCUAUGAAUAUUUUGGAAAAAAUGGAGGAAAAUAAUAUCAGGCCAAACGAGUUACUCUAUGGAACUGUUAUAUGGGGACUUUGCCAACAAGGGAAGUUUGAAGAUGCAAAGAUUUUUUUUGAUGAAAUGGAGGGGAAAUGUAUUAAAGCUUCUUCUGUGGUAUUCACCACACUCAUUGAUGCUUUCUUUAAGGCUGGAAAAUCCAUAGAAGCACACAAUAUGCUAAAUGAGAUGCAAAAGAGAGAUAUUACCCCUACCGUGGUGACAUAUUGCACAUUAAUUGACGGUUUGUGCAGUUUGGGUUUCGUACAGGAAGCAAUUGAUCAUUUCAAUAAUAUGCCAAACAUUGGUUUGCGACCUAAUCUGAUGGUUUACACAGCACUUAUAGAUGGACUCUGUAAAAAUGCAUGCCUAGAGGCUGCCAAAACCCUUUUUAAUGAAAUGCUUAAGAAAGGUAUACUUCCGGAUAAAGCUACUUACACAUCUCUGAUUGAUGGAAACAUGAAGCAGGGAAAUGUGCAGGAUGCCUUGUUUUUAAAGGAAAGAAUGAUUGAGAAUGGUAUUGAACUUGACCUUCUUGCCUACUCGUGUUUGAUUCGGGGUCUUUCAAGGAAUGGUCAAGUGGAACAAGCAAGAUGUUUUCUUGGUGAGAUGAUUGAGAAGGGUAUUCUUCCCGAUGGAGUUAUUUAUCGGUGUCUAAUAAGAAAAUACUAUGAGCUUGGCAAUACAGAUGAAGCUCUUUUCUUGCAGAAUGACAUGAUGAAGAGGGGUUAUGAAUAUGGCUGAUGUUCAAAUAUCAUCUUGAGUUGGUAAUUAAGAGAAACUCAUUCGUCCAGAAUGAUAUAGUGACAAAUGCAAUUUACAGCUAUCACAAUUCAUAAGAGAUUUUGCUGUUCAACUUCAAAAUAGAGCCCUGAGAGUUAAAAUUUGUCUCAGCGUUUUCAUGUGAAUUGGAAGAGUGAAACCCAAGAAGCUUAUAUUGUUUCUAUAUCCACACUCUGUGAUCUUCAAAGCUGCGUGGGAAGUUGUUUUUGGGACGGAGGGAGUAACUACCCACAUGCAGUGAAGAUAGUUUUAACUGACAACUCCCAUUCACCUGUGAAUGAAUCAAGUCUAGUGUGAAUGAAUCAAGCUGUGGCUAUGUAAUCAUCAUGUUAAGGUAGAAGGUACAAGACUGGUCCAUGGACUGAUAGAACUCAGCGGAAGGGCGUGAGGUGAAUUAAUUCCAGAAAACAUCAUAGCUGAAUUUCUGUCAGCUAAUCUAAUACUAAGAGUGAUUCCUAGAAGGGAGUGCAGUUUUAGCUUUUGAGAAGUCGGGCAGUCCGAGAAUAAUGAUUACAGAAUGGAACUGCUUGUUCCAAUAAAAUUGACAAUGGCCACAUAUAUGCAAUUAGUUUGAUCUUUAGAGGGGUACAUGUCUUGUUGAUGUACAUCUUUGCUUGUGGUGAUGUUUUAAUUAUUAUAGAGCCCAACACUUGUGGGGCUAUUUUGAUGACCCCCCUCCUCCACACAAGGGCGCUCCCCCACCCCCACUGCCCUUGCCCUAGGCAGGGUUUGACGAGGCAUAUCACAGGAGUGGAGCUCAAAGACUGUCAACUUGUCAAGCUCUCCAUAUCCACCCUUGAUCAACCGGGGUGAACAAGCAUGCUGCGUAUCACUACUUGCGGACAUGAAGAUGGUGGCGGAGCUGAGUUUUUGGGUUGCAGGGGCAAAUUUAUUGGUGUGGCUAAAGUUGAAGUCUUAUUAAAUUUAUACAUAAAAUGCGUAGAUAUAUGUCUUGUAAACAAAUUUGGGAUGACAAGAAUGUUUUUACUUGGACUUGUUUCAGACCAGACCCGAUUAGAUUUUGGCAAUUGUAAAAUACACAGAGACCGGACAUUUACCAGACCAGUUCGGAGUAUAUUAGAUCAGUUUAGAUCAAAUCAGAAAAUUUCAGUAUACGUAAAAUCAUCCCAAGGAGGAAGAGCGGGUGGCCCAUGGUACAACUUCAAAAAACUUAUGGAAACCCUUUCAAAUAAUGAUUUGUACAUCAGUUUGC